AUGUAUUUCGGUGCGAUAUGGACACAAAUCUUCCCGCCUCGCAACGGCGCGCCACUCACGGAACGUAACCUGCCCAGUCAGGCGGGCAGAGUGUUCAUUGUGACAGGUCGCUCAUCCGGCCUAGGCUAUGAACUCUCGCGCAUUUUCUACGGGUUAGGCGGCAAAGUAUACAUCCUGACUCGUUCAAAGGGUCGCGCCGAAGAAGCCAUGGCCAAGAUAAGAGCACACAACUCUAACACCGAAUACUCGACUGGAAGUCUGAUGUUCCUGCAUCUGGAUUUGUUGGAUUUUUCCACGGUCAAGGCAGCUGCUCAGCAGUUCUUGGAACUAUAA